UCUUCGCUCGUCAUCUGCGAACAAGAGGAAGUGAACAGGAACAAUAACAGCUGACACACCGGAGACCACAAAGAGGGCAGACAGCAGUGUUAUCUGUCACGGCAGCGAUGGAGGAGUAUAACUCUGGAGAGGAGGUCGUCUUUAAUCCCGAUGAGAUCAGUGUCUCGGUAAAAGAGUGCGUUGAAGGCGUCAUCGGUGGAACAGAUUAUAACCAGAGUAAAGUCAACCAGUGGACGGCCAGUAUAGUGGAGCAUUCACUCACUCACCUGGUGAAACAAGGGCGGGCGUUCAAAUACAUAGUGAACUGUACGAUCAUGCAGAAGAGCGGCGCUGGGCUCCACACAGCCAACUCCUGCUACUGGGACACAGCCACUGAUGGAAGCGCUCCUAAGAGAAGAGGUUUCUGGGACUGCUUCACCCACGUCCAAGGGAGCUGUACUGUCAGGUGGGAGAACCGCACCAUGUACUGUGUGGUCAGUGUGUUUGCUGUAGCUGUGGCGCUGUGACAGCCCUGCGCCCACCUCUCCAUCUUCGAACACCGUCAUGUCUCAAACUUUGCUUGAAUGACACUGAAGAUCCUCUGAUUAUACUCUCUGAUAGACGUUGACCUACAAGUAUCUAUUUCUCCCCGCAGGCAGGAACAACAGUUUUGGUUUGUGAGUUGGCAGCCUGUGAAUACGUGCAGGUCUGACGGUGACAAAAUGUUGUUUGGUCUGGACUGGAGCCAUGAUCUGCAAAAAGACCUGUUUGAAAAGUACUUUUCAAACAUGCUCAGGUGUUUUCUUUGGCCCAGAAGUACCACAUGUUGACUGUAUUUUUUCCUAUUGUGUAAAACAGAUGACUGCUCUUUGUGUGCAGCAGGAAGUUUACAUUUGUGUUUUUGACUGAAAUAUCUGAACAUUCAUUGGGUGGUUUCUUAUUAAAUUUAGCACUGAUAUUCAUCCAUCCCUCAGGAAAAACUAUUUUAAUUUUUAAUUUUAAUAUAUGACAUUCCUUCAGUCUCAACUGUGCUUUGUGCUGCUAAUUAGAAAAUGUUAGCAUGUUUGCAACUUUGUCUCCUUCAUGUUCUCUUAAUAAAACUGAACUACGACUAUAAGAAGCUUUGUAUGUUAGAGAAGCUCUGUUUAAGUAAUCACUACAGUAUACUGUAUUUCUACUAGUCUAUAUUAAUAUUUUAAUAAGUUCUUGAAAUGUUUAGACAAAACAACAAUGUGUUUUUUCUGUGAUGCAUUUAAUGGUCAGUCCCUGUAACCAGGAUUUUCUUUUCUUUUUUUUUUUUUUUUAGAUCUUCUGUAUUACUGUUGAGUUCAAGA